UUUGAUGUGCUCUUCAACUUUUUGUCUAAAUGUCCCUGGUCUCAGUCAACUUUUUCAAGUUCUUGCCAGGGGAGGCUCAGAUUGGAAUCCUAUAAUUUUGGAGUUGGAAAGAAACCAGAGAUAAAUGCCUGUCCCUAAGACCCCCACACUCACCUUCAUUUCCCUGCCACAGCUGGGCAGUUCCUGGAUUCAACAGCUUCUCAAGUAAUUUGUACUGUCUGAUCUGUGAGGAGGGGGAGGGCAGACUUUUCUCAUGACCUUCAGUGAAUCCUCCCACCUCCAUGAGCUCAUCUAUUGUGCUGACAGGACUUCUUAGAGCUUCUGUGGCUCCCCCUUACCAAAGCCCCCCAUGACCAGAGCUCCCCCCCCCAUUACCAGCUCCUUUCCUAGCACCCUCCCAGCAUGGUUGCAUAGAUGAAUGGGUUGUCUCAACUCUGUCACCCUCUGUGAUAGGUGUAUCUAGGCUGCUUCUGGGUGGGCUGGGGAGAGCCCUUGAGGGCUCUUACCCAUGUUUCAGAUAAUCUGUCUCUCCAGGGGUCUUACUGAGGGUGUGACUUUUCAUUUGGACAGAUAUAGGUAUGGGGUAUAGGAAACACACCCCCACGUCCCCCAGUCUACCUCCCUAAAGUGGUCCAGUUUUUUGCCUGGCGAGUCUGUGGGAUCUUCUUUGUCCUCAACCUGAAAUAAAGCCCUGUACUGGAGCUUGGAUAUUGCAACUUGCUUUCUAGCUGCUUGAUAAAAGAGUUCAAGUGUACUGAGACACACACACAGACACACGCACACACAAACACACACAGAGGCAGAGAGAGAGAGAGAGAAAGAGAGAGAGAGAGAGAGAGAGAGAGAGAGAGAGAGAACCAGAAGCAGCUUGGCAUUUAUUUGGCACUCAUGUUUGUUGAACAAAUGAGUGAAUGGGUGUCGGAACAAGGAAUGUCAGUCAAUACCAGGUUGCUCUGGGGGAUCUGGGCAUUGAAUUCAGUAAGUAUUUACUGAGUGUCUGCUCUGGAAAAGUUGGUGCUAGCUGCGAAGAAGAUGUAUAAGACCUAGUUCUUGACAUUGAAGAGUUUGUAUGUAGAAGGGAAUGAGGCUAAUUUUAGAACAAGGCAGGCAAAACACGUAUGGACACAACAAUAUAAGCAACUUGCUGAAGGAACAUAAACGGGGGGUGGAUUAAUUAAUUCUGAAUGAGGGGAGCAUGGUUUUUAAGGAUUUAUCUGAAUGGGGGGAAAGAAGGGAAAGGAGAUCCAGGCUGGUGGGUAGUAAGGAUGAAAGUUCUGAGACAUGAGUGUGUCCUCAGCCUGCCAUACACCAGGCCUGGCAGCCCCCAUGCAAAGCCACAUCUGUCUUCAGCCGGGGUGGCUCCAAAUCCAUCUCAGACAACUCCGAAUAAUCCCAGGAAUUUUUUCCAGGCGUCUGACCCCGGGGCAGGGCUAAGGGCAGACAUUCCUUUCCUCCAGACUUUGCUGGUGCCCUGUGUUGCUGGAUUUUGCUCUUUGGAGGACAAAGUCAGAGGUGCCCUGCACUUGUUGAAGGCUCGGGGACCAGUUUUAUAAAGAAGCCAUUGAGCACUGUCGGAGUUACAACUCGCGGCUGUGCGCCGAGCGCAGCGUGCGUCUCCCCUUCCUGGACUCACAGACCGGGGUGGCCCAGAACAACUGCUACAUCUGGAUGGAGAAGAGACACCGUGGCCCAGGCCUUGCCCCUGGCCAGCUGUACACAUACCCUGCGCGCUGCUGGCGUAAGAAGAGAAGAUUGCACCCACCUGAGGAUCCAAAGCUGCGGCUGUUGGAGAUAAAACCUGAAGUGGAACUGCCCCUGAAGAAGGAUGGAUUCACCUCAGAAAGCACUACCCUUGAAGCCUUGCUCCGAGGGGAGGGGGUGGAGAAGAAGGUGGAUGCCAGAGAGGAGGAGAGCAUCCAGGAGAUACAGAGGGUUUUGGAAAAUGAUGAAAAUGUGGAAGAAGGAAAUGAAGAAGAGGAUUUAGAAGAGGAUAUUCCCAAGCGAAAGAACAGGACCAGAGGACGGGCCCGUGGCUCUGCAGGUGGCAGGAGGAGGCACGAUGCCGCCUCCCAGGAAGACCACGACAAACCCUACGUCUGUGACAUCUGCGGCAAGCGCUACAAGAACCGUCCAGGACUCAGCUACCACUACGCUCACACUCACCUGGCCAGCGAGGAGGGGGAUGAAGCCCAAGACCAGGAGACCCGGUCCCCACCCAACCACAGAAACGAGAACCACAGACCCCAGAAAGGACCGGAUGGGACAGUCAUUCCCAAUAACUACUGUGACUUCUGCUUGGGGGGCUCUAACUUGAACAAGAAGAGUGGGCGGCCAGAAGAGCUGGUGUCGUGUGCAGACUGUGGACGCUCUGGUCACCCAACCUGCCUGCAGUUCACCCUGAACAUGACCGAGGCCGUCAAGACCUACAAGUGGCAGUGCAUAGAGUGCAAGUCCUGCAUCCUCUGUGGGACCUCAGAGAAUGAUGACCAGCUCCUCUUCUGUGACGACUGUGAUCGUGGCUAUCACAUGUACUGUUUAAAUCCCCCCGUGGCUGAGCCCCCAGAAGGAAGUUGGAGCUGUCACUUAUGCUGGGAACUACUCAAAGAAAAAGCCUCAGCCUUUGGCUGCCAAGCCUAGGGCCCCUGGUCACAAAGUGUGAUUUGCCACUGGAAAGGCUAAAACAGAGCCCACAUGAAACCAGAUUGAGCCUCUAUCCCCUAUACCCAGGCAGACCAUCUGUAAGGAAAAUCAGUAAUUGCAGAGGGCAUGAAGAUGUGGAAUCAAAGGGUGAGGUAUCUGCUUACCUCUUGCACACAGGUUUUGGUAUUUCAGCCAGACCCUCCUGCUUCUACCAGGAGGAUCUGCACUUUUGAAGAACACCCCCAGCCCUGGCCCUGUGGAAUACCUCUCACAUUUCCCCAGCCCUACGGCCCUCGCACUGGUUCCCAUUUUAAAGGAAGCCAUUUUGUGACCACUCAUCAGUUAUUUGUGUGUAGUUUGGUGUUUUCUAUUGUGCUCCAAGAAAUCUUCCCACGAUCUUUUUCACCUCCCAACUCAAGGCUCUUCACCCUGAAGUCACCAGAGGAGCAAAGGGCUGUGGAGAAUUUUUUUUUUUUUUUAAUUACACACCUCAUUGGAAACUUCUAGACUUGGAGCCUGGAGGCCAUUUUGAUGAUGGAGCCCAGAAAUCCCUUGUUGUUCCCUACAAAGAGGAAGAGGUGAUUUCUGCACUGCCAGCUGAUAUCCAGUGGCAUCCACAGCCAGGGUGGUCUCUUAAAGGGUCUGGGGAGAGGAGUGGAGGCAAUGAGGGGUGGGAGAAAAUAUUGUGAAGACAAUUCUGAAGCCCCUGCAUAGCCAGUCAGUAUUUGUUCUCUGUCAGGAAUGAUUGUGCAGGAGACCUGGUUUUGUGUUUCCUUCACCUUCAGAAGUAAGGCAUCCUUGAGGUGAGACUAGCUACAACCUGUGGACAGAAAUGCUGAGACUCCCCCUCCUGACCAACCUGAAUCUUCAGGUAGUUUUCCCUGGUAGGACUCAGGAGGCAAGAAGUUGAGCCAAGGCCAUCUGGUUAAGAAUUUGAAUUUUGGAACAAAGAACUGUAACUUUGAGAAACCAUGCAGUAUUGAUGUGACAUCACGGAUUCCUCUUCCCAAGUGAGUUCUCCCUUCCACAUGGUGUCUGCUUGGGUUGUCUACUGAGACCUGACUCUGGAAAUUUUAGGAUGGGAGAGAGAUGACAGUUACCUAAACAAACAGUUGUGGUGAUGUGAUGAUUUGUGGCAAUGACACAGAACCUUCAGCUCGAGGGCUGUUCUUGUCUCCUAAAUGCUGCAAUAUGUGCUGGACUCUUGUUUUCAAAGUGUUUCAUGAAGAAAGAGGCCGAGUCUCAGAUUCCGGAAGUCAGUGUUGGAAGGCAGCCCUGCAGGCUGGAGCGGAUCAGGCUGCCUUUGAAUCUCAGCAGCAGUGGCAACAGCAGCCGCACAAUAACUGACACGUUUCUGGAAAAAUCAUUUGCCCAAAGGGCAGGUCCCAGUGAGUGAGACCCUGGCGCAUGCUCGGAUUCCCUGAAAUCAGCUCCAUCUCUGUGGCCCGACUGCUUACAACAAAGGCUGAGGUUAUUUUUAGUCUUUCGGCUCCUGAAGAAGCCCCUGGAGACUCGGAUGCGGGCUAGUUGGGCCACUCAUGCCCAGCUGCAGUACUUGUUCUGCGACUUGGCAAGAGCCUUCCUGCUGGCCUAAUUGCUCUUGGCCAGGAGAUCCAGGGCAGCCUGGCAUGGAGCCAGGCCCUGCUUGUCUCCCCAGUCCUUUGCAAAGUGACCUGUGGGAAGAAAUAGGGGUCACUCCUGCAGGGGCUCAUGGUCUCGGAGUGAGUUCCUCAAACAUAAUGAUCUCAUUUAAAGGGCCCUGUCCAGAUGGGAUUUUCAUCUCCAUAGAUAUUUCCUUCCUCCUGCUGGUUGGUGAACCUGUUUUGGAUUCUGGAGACCCAGGGAGAGUUAUCCAUUUACCAGGAAGGCUCACCUGAGGGGUGCAUUUCCUUCCCUGACUGUGUUGGUGUGCUAUGCUCCCACAAAACCUAGUCCUUGAAGGCUGAUUAUUGACUUGGAAAAAUCACUUUGAUUUAGUUUUGGGGAAAAAAUGAGCAAAAUAUUCUCAAGUGCCACAGUGGCUUUCAAGUUAAAAAAGCAAAUCUGAAUCCAAAAACUGUGACUCCGAUACUUGACAUGUCUGCUUUAGAGUGUGUGGACAUCUAGUCCCCACCUCUGCACAUAUGAUGGGGAAGCCUUGCUCUCUCUAGCUGAAUCUGCUGUCUGCCACCUGCCAAGGGGCUGCAAGGGUGGGACUGGUCUCACCGACUGUGGAGGGUGCUGUCACCUGCUCACAGUAGUGGGAGUGGUCAGUGCUCUGGACUGGACAUUAGGGAGGCCCAGAUGUCCUGUCCCUGUUUUUCUCAUUCCCUGCAGGAUGGGGCUAAUUCUUCAUCUUUGAGGACUUCAGUUCCUCCUUCUGAAAAGUAGGGAUAGAACUUCCAAAGUACUAUAAGCAGACAAACUUCUCCAAGUCAUAUUAUCACCUUGUGUAUUUGAAAAAAAGAAAAGUGCAAGUAAACUUCUAGUUGGUCUUUAUUUGAGCCCCAGAGAAUAAGCUAGAAUCAUGGAUGAACAUGGAUGAUGAGGGUUUUGGUUUUGCCUCUGCUGUUGAGCUGCUAUGUGACCUUGGGCAGGCACUUAACAAAUCUGAACCUCAGUUUCGCAACUUGUGAGAUGAAAUAAUAAUACCUGCUCUGCUUUUUUCAUAGUGUGAUUGAGAGUCUUAAAAAGCAUAAUGUUAUAUAAAUAAUCACUGGAGAGCAGUGGUUGUCAGGGAGGGGGUCCGCAUGAUUUCUGUGCCCCCCUCUUCCUUGAGAUAGCAAAGGUCAGACCCUUUGUUGGAAUCUAUUUUGCUCAAAAGUGAUUUAUGUUUCAAGGGCGAGGUUGCCUCUGGUCAGUGUCCCUGGGCCAAAGGUGUGACAGGAAAGGGUGACCAUGCCUGGGUCUGUGGUGGGAGGUGAGGGAUUCAUGCUGGAGUGGGCAUGAGGACUUCAUAACGAAGAUAUUCAAGAAUGAAGCUACUCCCUUCUGCAAGAUCAGCUCGGGUCAGAAUAGGGAGCUAACUUUUAGAGGGGGCUACCAUUCAUUUCACUUUGGAAUAACAUAUACUUCGAAACUUUCGCUUAAAGCCUAGCUCCACUACUUUGUCGCUGGUUGACCUUGAGUAAAUGACUUAACCUCUCUGAGCUUAAUUUUCCACAUCAGUGAGGUGGGGCCGUGGGGCCUAUUGGGCAGAGCUAUUGCAGGAAUUUGAGGCAAUGGCGGUAAAGACACUGGCACGAUGAAGGCCCCACUCUGAUGGCACCUGUUGUCUUCAGAGCCCACCCAAUGGAGAUAAUCAUGUCUCCCCACUCAGAGCCCUGGAACAUCCAGGGUGCCUCUACUCCUAUGUUGUGGCUCCAUCUGACCAGGGAGGAGGUGAAGCUUCAGGAUCCAAGCCCGAAGUUGAAACGCGUGUUUCCUGCCUUUCAUACUAAAGCAAAUCCAGCACAGUGCGGGAACAGAGACAGGAGAAUCACAUUCAUCCUCUCCUCCCCUGGCCCCCCAACUCAUAGCACCCAAAGCGGGAGCCAGCAGGUCCCAGGCUCCCCUGCUGUCAUUGCCUGGGGGCCAGGUGGGAAGCCCAGGCAGCCCAGAGGGAGCCUCUGCUUCUCCAGGCUCAGCUCAGUGUGGUGGGAGCUUGUGGGUGGGAGAAAGGGAGGGGGCUAGGGGAGGAGGGAGGGAGGCCCAGUGCCUGCAGAGCUGGAGAAGAUAACCGGUUUUAAGGUUAGGGGAGGGUCUGGGUUUCACAGUGAUGGUUUCAUGAUACCCUGGAGAGUUACACUCACCGUGGCAUUUUAGUCUUUGUGCUUUGAACUCAUCACGAUUCCUUUCAGCCCUCCCCUUAAAAAGCUCAGAUAUUUUAAGGAAGAAAAAUGAGAUUCUUAUUGUGACUUUUCCUACCCUGGCAAGUUUAGGAGACAGAUCUGUGCUCUUCGGUGUUGUUGAAGAAAGAUUGCUGGCUUUCUCAGGCUCCAGGACUCAAGAGAGGUGGGGUCCCCAGUUUCCUCUUUGAGAUUGUGCAUGUUGGGGGGAGGGGAACCCUGAGGACCAGCCUCCCCACCCCCCAGGACAGCAGCCUCCUUCUCUCACUCCCUCCUCCCCCACCCUAGGCUGUUCCCAGCUGCCACUGCGCAACCCAAGGGAACGUUGGAUCCCUGGGCCAUGCUCACUUGCUCCAGUGAUGACCCAUGCCUCGCCUGGGCCCCAGUCAGAGCUGCGCUUGCGUCCCGUAGUGGGCUCACGCCCUUGGAGAAGGAGGGAGGAAGGGGUGUUAGGAGUGAGCAGGGUCAAAGGUCUUCUGGUCAGGUAAACCAAAAUGAGGAGAUGGGUGAGGAGGGGGCCAGAAACCUGAUUUCCACUGCUGGAGGGAGCAAAGUAACUAACUAACUGGGCUGGGAUGGAAAGUUGCUGUAACCCGUUCUUCCCUUAGGCCUGUGGUGCUGGGCAGUGUGAUUAUUUAAAGUUUAUAAAGGCCAAACCUUUGCUACCUUUGUACACCAAGCAAGCAGCCCUUUCUUGAGGCCCCCUGGCUCCCUCUUGUGCGUGUGUGUGGGGCAGGGGCCUCUGUGGGCCCAGCGGGUGAGAAUGGGGCCUCUACCCCCCGCGGAGGUGGGAGGUGCAGUGUGUCCUUGUAGAUUUUCCCCCAGGGGAGCGUUGUCUGUCUUAGAAAAGCUGCUGAUGUCCCUCCUGGUUUGAGAGUGUGUGUGUGAGCAAUCGUGGGUGUGAAUGUGUGUGUGAGUGCAUGUGUGUGUGUGUGUGUGUGUGUGUGUGUGUGUGUGUGUGUGUGAGUUGUGUGGUAGUGAAGGCCAGGCUAGUUCUUACCCUGCAUUCUUGGGCAGCAGAUGGUUUCCAGGCACUGCCAUCAGGGGAGCCCUCCAGUCCCCGAGUCCAGCUGGGAGGGGGGAUCCGACCAGUCCUACCUCCCUACCACCUGGCAAAGUAGAUGGGGUUCCUCCUCUCCCCUUGUUUAUUGCCCUUUUUGGAAUUUUACUUCCUUCCUGAAGAGAAGCUGUUGGUUUUUCGAUUAGCCGUUUGAUCCUGAGACUAAGUAGGCGUGGGGAAGAUGGUGGGAACAAGAGACACUUGAAUUUGCCUCAGGCCUGCAAGCCUCCCUGCCCAAGCCCUUGGCCUGGCCUGUUUCCUUGGGCCUAAUGGUUAGAAGUGGGAUCUGUAGUAGCUUGGGGUUGGGGCUCCUCUCCCCUUCCUGAAUAUUUCUAGGGCUUGGGUUCUGUGUAUGGCCACUGACCAUGAGUGUAGAAACAGCAAAAGAGAUUGGCGGUAAGUUCAGGGCCUGUGGGGUGGCAAGAGGAGAGCCUUCCAGAGGAAGCUGGAAGAGCCAGCUGAGGUCAUUGUUCUGAGAGGUAGGCAAGAGGAGGGGGAGAUUGCUUGGGCGUCCUGGUGGGAGGAUAAACAGAGCCCCCAGAUAGA